AUGCAAAUCAUUAUCAGUGGGGAGCAGCACCUCAAAGCUAGGAAUGUUUUCUUUGCCCGGGUGGCAAACAUUUCAGAUGUGAGGAUCAAAUGUGAAGCCCGAAGCCCCAUGGCUCAGUUCUGGCCAGAUCUCGCUGCUCAAAUGAUGGCCAUGGCAGGACCCUGUGGUUGUCGACCGCAGGUGCAGUUUGCCGCUGUCGGAGCACAGAUGAGCGGCCCUCGGAAGGACAUGCAGCAGCCGUUACCUGCCACUUUGCCUCCAUUGUCCCACAGUCCCACAAUGCCUUCCCAACCCAUGGGGCCACAACUUGUGCCGCAGCGCGACUCCCCGCAAGGCACCGCAACCCUCAGCCAACCUUCACGGCAGCCAGCACAAACACAAAUGCACACUCCCCAGUCAUCCCAGGCACCUUCGACCACUCUCACAAGCCAACCAGCUUCAUUCCCAGCGUACCCGUCGCCCAGCCACGUUCCCAAAGCGCCAGCACAGAUUCAACAGCCCCCCACUCAGCUGCAGCCAUCGGCACCUGUUCGGCUUCAGCCCCAGCAAGCCGUGCAGCCACAGUACGAGUCAUGCCCUCAAGCGCUGCCGUUUCAGCCUCCCCAGACGCCACAGCCAGCGCCCGUUCAGCCUGCACAGCCUGCACAGUCUGCACUGCAGCAGACGCUGCCGCAGCAACCGCAGCAACCGCAGCAACCGCAGCAACCGCAGCAACCGCAGCAACCGCAGCAACAGCAUCCCGGAGGUCAGCCACAGGUGCCAGCCCAGGCUCAGGACCCGAGUCACAUGGUGCUUCCCACACCUGCCGAAGCUCAAAGCCAAAUCGACCAGCUCCAGAAGCAGCUCCAGCAGCUUCAGCAGCAGCAACAGCUAAUCAUGCAGCGACAGAUGCAGAGUCUGCAAGUGACCGCCGCCUCGGGCGCCUCCGGCGCUCUCAGAGCGCCCGAUGCUCCGGAGCCAGCGUCGGUUCCGAAUGUGGCGCCACGGCCACAGCCGCCAGUGUCAGAGGCACCGCCGCCCUCGCAGCCCAUGCCACAGCCGGCACAGCCAGUGCUGCCCCUCCCAGUGGCCCCAGCAUCGCCGCCUGCAGCUCUUCAGGUGGAGGAGCUGGUCGAGGCCCAAUGUGCUGGUUGGGGAGACGACUGGUUUCCAGCGAAGGUGCGAGAGCUCCUGCCCAACAACGAGGUUCAGGUCCUCUGGGAAGGCGAAGAGCCUUCCAUCUCCAACGUUGCUCUGAGCAUGGUCCGCAGACGAGGCUCAGGCGAUGCAACGCUUUGCGUCGCAGCGGAACGAGCGAGCAGCGCGGGUGAGCCAAUGUCCCAGCCCCUGGCUGCGGCUCCGGCUGAUCCGGCUCCGGCUCCGCCCCCUCAGACGCCAGAGGUCGAGGCGCCUUCGCGGAAGAGGCCCGCGGCCGGACCGGCGGAGGCCACAUCCGUGGAAGUCGAUGGGCCUUUGCUGGAGUUCAGCUUGCGUCCCGGCAUGGAGUUUUCAGAAGCUUUUGCCAACCUACGCAGGCGCUUAGAGCUGGAGCUGAAAGAGGGCCGGAAAGUGUCGGUCCGGCUGCGGGUUGUCAGGCCCCCGCCGGAGCCCACGUCGCCACCGCCGCCCGCCGAGCCGCCCGACGAGGCCCCAGCCAACUUGCAGCGAGCGCCGGCGCCGCCGGGGCCACCGGAGACGCCAAAGACGCCGCCGGUGAUGGAGGCCUCGCAUAGGCCAGUCCUGCCAAAGGACAAAGGUGCUGUACCGCCCAACUUCCCGAGCGGGCCCCGGUCGAUGCCGCAGAAGGGCUGGUGGAGGCCGGGCUACGGAGGCUACGGCAAGGGCAAUGGCUUCCGAGCACCUAGCUGGACCUGA